GCAAUUACAAUAAUAAUGAUAAUAAACUUUGUUAGACUUAGUGACAGUAGGGCUAAGUAAACAAAGAUAGUAAAUAGUUUUAACAGGGAAACUAUUGAUCGUUUGACUGUUAAUGGUUUAAAUAUUCAUCAAAAGAUAGAUACGGAAAUGAUAAUUGGGAGAGGCGCAGCAUGAUAAGAUAAAAUGUAUAAAUUGCUAUCAAAUGUAAUCAAUAGAAUGAUAGAAACAGAUAUAAAUCCUGUGUUUCCACCGUCUAACAUAGGUAACUCAGUUUCCGUUGUAACUAAGACAUAAACAAAAUCAGAGUCAUAGAUUAUACAGUGUUCGUCUGCUCAACAGUACUGGUGUUAACGAAAACACGUUUCUUACGUGCAGUCUUAGGUUUAGUAAGACGUUUGUUCCAAGGGAUUUGUAGUUCCAGGGCCAAUGUUGAUCACAUAUGUGAUCUGAUGGAUAUAUAUCCAUCAGAUUUCUUUUAGUUUGUGCGGAGUUAUCGAUAUAUGAACAGGUUAGUUUUUAAUCGAAGGGCGAAGGUUUACAAUCAGUUACCACGUGUAGGACACUUAAACGGAUUAAUUUCCAAACCAAUGCUAUCAAUUGGUAUUUUGUCAGAAAUACUGAAACUGUAAAUCCACAUAGGCCUCUGAAUCUUGCAAGUCACAUUGUUUAGUAUUUAUUAUUUCAAAUACAUGUCGAAACUAUGAGUGAUAAGCAAACAAAAUCUAUGGAAGAGGGUAUUGAUUCAUGUGCUUAAAAAUCUUCAAGAUGGAUUAGAAUAUUCCUGUAUAUACACGGAGCAGAAAACGAGGGAUCUUGACAGCAAAAGCAUUGAGACAGGUCACAGGGUUGGUUUUAUUAGGAGCUUCUAAGUGUACAUUUAAAAAUACUUUGUGUUCACGAAUCGACAACUGCACCUGUGAUAAUAUGGUAUGGCAACUCCAACCGAUGUUCGACGUUGUUACUGACUGACUUGGUGUUCACCGUGAGUCUGGCCUAACAAUCCUUCAUCUACUUCAAAAUCUGCAAUGGUAUAACAAUUUACUAGUUAUGUUUUGCAUUGUUACUUGUGUUCCUAUUUAUCACUGUGUAUUUGUUCAACAUUUUUCCAAUGAAGUACGUUUCAAGGCAUACGUGUUAUCAGACUGUUCAAAUGUGUUGUGAAAAUGCAUCACAUGUAUCUGGUUAAUUCCGUCUUCUCAUUUCUCCCCACGCAUCAACUAAGCGCUAUGUCUUUCGCACUCCAGUAGCUUCCUUGGGAUUCCUUGUGUUGGCAGAUUAAAUGGAGCUGUUUCUGUGGCCAUACAUUAUUUAAUUGUUUCGAAAUAAAAAUAUAGUAAAUUGCUUGCAACUCAUAAACAUUUUUUGUACUCGGUUUUUAACCACACUCUGAGAGCUAGAUAUACUACUGAGGUACGUAAACAGAAGUAUAUAUAGUUCAAAACUCCUACUUAUUUGUUAAAAUUCAAGUCCUCUAACCAUUAAGUCACAGAUCAAACAUUGACUUCAAAAAAAAGUAAUGGGAGGUUCGUGUUAUCAACCAGUAUCACUUACCAUCCUUUUUUAUUUAUCGUUGUGUUUAGUAAAUCAAACUCGUCAUGGUUGUUGAGUAUCACUUUCCUUUUUCAGAUAGUUUUCUAUUCAAGUACAUUUAGACCUAUUAUGCUAUUUACUACUAGCUUUAAUAGACCAUAGUUGUAAGGUAGAACGGAACGUCUUACUGAUUUUUAUACCCAUCCAUCGAUGGGCAGUCAAACAUUUCACUGCUCUAAAACUUGCACGCACUAAGGAGCAUUUAGUUAAGCUUAGUGAAUAGCAUUCACUAAACCGUUAUGAAUAUGUGCAAAAUUGAUAAGAAUACUUUAACAUGUUAGUCUCAAGUAUAUUCAUGAAUAAAAUCGUCAUCUAUCUUUAUAUUUUUAGACUAAUUGAUUAAUAAAUUCAAAUGAACGGUACUACUCAGCCUGACUUUAAAGAAUUCAUCAAAUUACACGAUGAUCAACUAAGAGCAAGUGGAAUUCCUGCUCACUUUUGGCGUAGACUACACGAGAAACUUUUACAUGAGAUAUAUGAUGCUAACACAAGUGUUAUGAUGCAACAGAUUGAAUAUACAAAUGACGACGAAGGUGAUAAUGAAAUUGGAAGCGAAGAGUUGACUGUUAAUCGUGACUGGGAUAUUUUAGUUUGUAGUGAUCAACUUUUAGUAUCAGAUAGUAAUAAUAUAUUUCUCGUUGACCAUGCGUGGACUUUUGAUGUACAAUCUAUGAAAGAGUGCUUACUUCAACUUCCUAGUCUCUUAGAACGAAUGGCUUCAUUAAUGAAUAUAAAUACUUUAAAUCAACUAAAUGAGGAUAUCGCUUCAAAUAUUUGUAAAAAUGUAUGGAAAUAUUGUCGAUAUUACAAAUUAUCAACACAGGAGAAUAUGUCAUUGUUAUCACAAGUACCUGAGUUACAACAAAUAAUGUGGUAUGUAUUGGAUGAAGUUGGAUCACGUAUUCAACAUUCUGAUGAGCCUACAGCUCGUAUGGUACCAUUUUACUAUGUACCACGUAACUUAUGUUACUCUGUGUUCUGGCCUAUUAAAGAUUUACAAAAAAAUGAUAGUAUUACAAUUGAUUAUGUAGAACAUGUAAAAAAUCCUGAAUUACGAUCUUAUUAUUUAUUACCAUGGGAACCAGAGGAUUUUUCCAAUGAACCUAUUGAACAUACAUACAUUUUUACAGAUGAAUAUUUUACAUCUCAUCGAGUACAAGAAACAUUACCAAUAUGUCAAAUGAAUGAACCAAUUAAACGAGAAUAUUUUACUGUCUAUACGGAUUGGUAUCAAGUUAAACAAUAUUUAACUCAUUCACAAUUUACUUUUGUUGAUUCACCAGAUAAAGCUGAUAUUAUUUGGAUGUAUACACAUUUCAAGAAUUUUGAACGAUUAUCUGUAGACAGUCCAAAUACGUAUAUUAAUCAGUUCCCUGGUGAGCACGUCAUCACUGUUAAGGAUUAUCUAGCUAGUUUAGCGGCUAGUAUAGCUAAGGAAACCUAUUUACAACAAUCAAACGAUUUAAUGCAUGGUAAUGAUGAUACUGAUGAAAAACUCUCAACCAAUUGGUAUCCAGUUACAUUUAACUUAGUGUAUGAACUUCCACAAUUUUGUGCUUAUUUCCAAUCGAAUUAUAAUAAAAUCAUUAGUACUAAUGAUGAAGGUGGGAGAAAUGAUAAACAUAAUAUAUGGAUAUUGAAGCCUUGGAAUCUUGGUCGAGGUGUGGGAAUUGUGAUUACUGACAAUUUGGAUAGAAUAAUAAAAACUUGUGAUAUUAACCCAAUGAUCGCUAGUCGAUAUAUCACAGAUCCUGUUUUAUUUUAUCGUAACGACUUACAAGCUAAUGUGAAAUUUGAUAUACGCUAUGUGGUAUUAUUACGUUCUGUCAAACCGUUAAUUCUGUACACAUAUAAAGUAUUUUGGCUUCGAUUUGCAAAUAAACCAUUUAUUUUAGACGAUUUCGACUCAUAUGAUCGACAUUUCACAGUUAUGAAUUAUCGUUCAGCUGACAGUUUGAAACAAAUACAUUGCGAUGAAUUUGUUGAAUUGUUCGAUAAACAAUAUCCAGAUCACAAAUGGUCAACAAUUGAGUUAAAAAUACAUCGACUUCUAGUUGAAAUUUUUCAAGCAGCCACAAAAUAUCCACCACCACGUGGUCUAACUCAUAAUGUCCAAUCUCGAGCAUUAUAUGCUGUUGAUAUACUAUUGGAAUGGCGUUCAAAUGGAUAUGCUUUAUCUAAUCAAAAAGAUAUAUAUCCUGUAGUAUGUGAAGUGAAUUUUUCACCAGAUUGUGAAAGAGCAUGUCUUUAUCAUUCGAACUUUUUCAAUGAUGUAUUUUCAUGCCUAUUCCUAGAUCAAUCAUCUGAUUUAUGUAACACACACAAACUGACAUAA